AUGACACCAGGUCCUGCAUCGCACGAUGCACUGAUGCAGCAGGCCCUAGAUCUCGCACGGCAAUCACCACCAAAACCCACCAAUUACUGCGUCGGAGCCCUUCUCUUCAACCCAACAACCAACGAAGUAUUAUCUACGGGCUACACUUUAGAACUCCAAGGAAAUACACACGCCGAACAAUGCUGUCUCCAGAAGCUUGCACAGAAACAUAAUAUACCAGAGGAGAAGAUUGCCGAAGUAUUGCCUCCAAACACCGCAAUCUACACUACUAUGGAACCGUGCAAUCUGCGGCUGAGUGGCAAUCUUCCGUGCGUAGAUCGUAUCAUUGCGGCAAAGAAUAUCAAGACUGUUUAUUUGGGGGUCAAGGAACCCGAGAAGUUUGUGGGUGAAAAUGAAGGACGGAAGAAGUUGGAGGAAAGCGGGAUUGAGUGUAUGCAUGUAUCUGGAUUGGAGGAGGAAAUACUGAAAGUUGCCACGGCAGGGCACGAAAAGUAG